GCGUCACUUCCGCUGAAGAAAAAAAAACAAAAACACAGAGAGGCUAGCAGAGAGAGAUGUAAUGAAACUAAACAAAACAAAAACGUAAUUUCGGCUGAAAUGACCAUGUGAAGCUUACACUUUCAGGCAGUGGAAUAGCUAACUAAUGUUGUUUAGCUAAUCAGCGGGUUGACAACAUGAAUUUAAGAGGACUAUUCCAGGAUUUCAAUCCCAGUAAGUUCCUCAUCUACUCCUGUCUGCUGCUGUUCUCCGUGCUGCUGUCGCUGAGGCUGGAUGGCGUCAUUCAGUGGAGCUACUGGGCCGUGUUCACCCCGAUAUGGCUGUGGAAGCUGCUGGUCAUCAUCGGCGCGUCUGUGGGCACGGGAGUGUGGGCGCACAACCCCCAGUACAGGGCUGAAGGGGAGACCUGCGUGGAGUUCAAGGCCAUGCUGAUCGCGGUGGGGCUCCACGUCCUGCUGCUGAUGUUCGAGGUGUUGGUGUGCGACCGCGUGGCGAGGGGAAACUACUUCUGGCUGCUCGUCUUCAUGCCUCUCUUCUUCGUGUCGCCCGUCUCCGUGGCGGCCUGCGUGUGGGGGUUCAGACACGACCGCUCGCUCGAGCUCGAGGUUCUGUGUUCAGUCAACAUCCUUCAGUUCAUCUUCAUCGCUCUGAGGCUGGACAAGAUCAUCAACUGGCCUUGGCUGGUGGUGUGCGUCCCGCUCUGGAUCCUCAUGUCCUUCCUGUGCCUCGUCGUCCUGUACUACAUCAUCUGGUCCGUCCUCUUCCUCCGCUCCAUCGACAUCAUCGCAGAGCAACGGCGAACCCACAUCACCAUGGCGAUCAGCUGGAUGACCAUCGUCGUCCCCCUGCUCACCUUCGAGAUCCUUCUGGUGCACAAGCUGGACGGCCACAACAGCCUGAGCUACGUGUGCGUGUUCGUCCCGCUCUGGCUCUCUCUGCUCACGCUCAUGGCCACGACGUUCGGCCAGAAGGGAGGAAACCACUGGUGGUUUGGAAUCCGGAAAGACUUCUGCCACUUCCUGUUGGAGCUCCUCCCCUUCCUGCGCGAGUACGGCAACGUCUCCUACGACCUCCAGCGCAGCGAGGACCCCGAGGCGGCCGAGGACCUGCCCGUCCCCGAGCCUCCCCCGAAGAUCGCGCCCAUGUUCCACAAGAAGACGGGCGUGGUGAUCACGCAGAGUCCCGGGAAAUACUUCGUCCCGCCCCCGAAACUCUGCAUCGACAUGCCGGACUAAAAAGAAAUCCUGGGGGGGGGCGGAGAGACUGCUGGACUGAUUGAUGCAUUCAGGUGCUCUGAAGCCCAAAAUCAGCAGAGGACACUGGGUUUGGUUGUUUUUUUUUGUUUUUUUUUAAAAAUCUGCAGUCCCCGCCCCCCCUCACCCGAAAAAAAAACUCUGCAUCAGCGCGGCUGCCUGAGGAGACCAAGCACCAAGUCGUGGAUUUAUUAACGGAUCCAGAUUCCUCGCGGCUGUUUUUGAGGAUUAUAUUCCUGGAAUCAAAACAGAGGACUGCUCUGUUUCACUGGCUCCUCCUCCCACUUUUAUCCAAUCUGAAGAAGAAUUUUUUUUUUUGUGGGAGUGCGGGGGAGGGGACGCACAGCAGGAAGCGUCUCGGUUUGAGACGACGGAGACAGAAACGAAAAGCGCUGGAUCUGCCUGAACUUCCUAAAUGUUUGACUCUGUACCGUGUAGAUCUUUUGGAGGCGUGUCCGACUCUUUUCUAGGGACCAGCGGAGAGAUGCUUUUGGCUUGAACUUGGGAUCAUUAAUCCGUUAUUGCUUGUUGUGUUUUUUGACCACGCAGGAGGAGACAAAUAAGGAGGAAAAGGUUCAGAUUGUCUUCUGGUCUGUUGCUGCGACGCUCAAAACCACCAAUCGCAGGAGGUUUUAUUGGAAGCUGUGACACCAUCCUCACGUUCAGCUUCACUGUUGAUUCAUCGGUUUUGUGGUUCAGUUGAUAAAAAAAGUCAAAAAAAUCACAGGAUCAUGUCUUCAACAACGACAUGAGCGACGCUAAGAGGAUUAUGCGAUUUCAGUUUGACGAGGGAGAGGAACUUUAUGUGUUUUGAAAACGCUCUUAAAGAGAUACGCGCGCUUGAUCCUCGUAUUGGAGCGGUCGUCUAGGAAACACGAGUGGCGUCGAGCAGUCGUGAUGAAGUGUAACUCACCACUCUGAUGAAGAUGUAGCUUCGUCCUACGUUCUUACUAAUCGUCUGUUAAAACUUUCUGUGCUCAGGAGAGGAAAUCCCGGUCCAGAUAUCCGUUGCUACGGCAGCUGACGGGUUGGCGCCGUACUGUAACGUAAAGUUCUGCCGUCAUUACGCCUUCGUCCCUGCACACUGCAUCCUCAACGGCGUUUUAUCUGCUGAUACGGUUUGUGAAUUCACAUCGGGGUUACGGCGUUUUGGGAAGCAUGAGAGGCAUGGCAUGACCACACACACAGACAGACACUGCGCUGACGUUACACAUCACCAGCUGGACUCCCCCUCCCCCUCCCCCCACACACACACACGCUAUUCCGCCACCGUAUGUUACACAUUGCACGCGAGGCGUAAAUAUUCCGCCUUCAAAUGGCAUCUGUACGCUUCGUGUUAUCUGUCGUCUACUCUGGAGGUCGAGACGUUCCCACACACUAAAUCCUGCACUAUGGCGGCUGACAAACGGCGGCGCGUGCCUCCAGGGGACGAGGAUGUCUCCGUGGUUACGCCGGCUCUGAUGAUGAAUGUUCCACCAGGCCGAGUAUUGUUUAAGAAACUGACCGGGAGGAGAAUUUGAACCUUUUUCCUUCAAAUGGAGAACAAUAGAAACUGCACUUUGUUUAAAUCUGUUCCAAGACGAGUCCUGUCCGACGUUUUUUUUUUUUUUUUGUUUUGUUUUUUUUUGUUGUGUAAAUAACAGAAGUGGCAAACGAAGGGACCAGAUGUUAAGAUUGAAAAAACAACAAUAAGGAGAGUAUUUGUCUCCCACUUCUGUUUCAGUUUGAGCGCUCUUAUUUAAACCAGACCGCCGAGGAACAUUUUGAAAUCUCACCGCAUGUGGCAAAUACUGUUUUGACCGAUUACACCUGAAUGCACCUGAUGAUUCAAAAUGAACACACGUUGUUCCAGAGACGGCGAGCUGUAACAAAGAGUAUUUUUUUUAAUCCCAUUAGAGAGUAAACUCCUCAGAUUCCCUGCUUGUGUGUGCACAAUGUUCAACUUUCCUGUAUUCAACAAGUAUUUCAGAAAACAAAUAAACAAUCAUCCCAUC